ACAACCCACAGCAAAAUGAACUUUCUGCUGAUAAGUCUUCUGCUUUUUUCCAUCCUUGGAGUAAGUCUGGGAAGGAUACAUUGUAAACCACAUUGUACGAAAGUCUGCAAGAAUCACCGUGUCAAGAAAUGCCACGGGCGUCCUCCUCGCUGUACAUUCAUUAAUCAUCCAGUGUGUCAUCAAAAAUGCACGCACCGAAGAUGCUGAAAAAAGAUGUCAAAUCGGGAAGAUUAAGCUGACUGAAUACUCCACAUCUCUGUUAUUAACUUGUUGUGGCUUCUUUUCAAGAAGAAGCACAAACUAUGCGCUACUACGUAGCUGCAGU